GCGUGGCUAUGUGCAAAGGCGAUGUGGAGGAAUUCCUCAAAAGUUCGAGAUGAGUGGCUCAAUCUGUUGAUUCGCUCAGACAUCCACACCGUCUUUGACCAGAAACGGUUCGCAAUUAUCCCAAAAUCGAGUGCUUUCUUGGUGCACAUCGUUGCUCUCGGGUCCUCGAUGCAAUUAGCAAACCUAUAUCACAAUGUUGCGCUUCAACAACUCGUGGGCGUCGCUGUGCAAUAUCUUUUCGCACGUUUCGCGUGGACUGUAUUUGCUCAACUUUCCAACUUUCUCCAGCAAGGCCUCAAGCGGACGCUCUGUACUUACGCUGAGGACGGGGAGAUUCGUGUUGCUGAGUUCUCCGGUGAUCAAUGCAAACAGAUCUUCGGUGGCAAAUCACGUAGCCAAAGCCCGCGGAAACGACAACGUGAUGUACCUAUUAUUCCGGCAGUAUCAGAAUAUGAUACAUGGAAGCAUCCAAGCUGCAGACGCACUUCAUCAUGCGAUGGUACGCCAGGACGUAAGAGAGUACGAUGUUCCAGUUCCUCUUCACGGCAUUCCUCUAUCUACAGUGAAUUCUGGGGUCAUUCUGACCAUUCUGGCUCAGAUCAGGACUUUGGUGAAGAUAGUUUCAACACCGAACAAGAAGAUCCGGAGACAGUCGAUAAGCCUCAAGUUGAUUCCUCGUCUACAUCAACCCGUCUCUCAACAGAUAACUUACUUCAAUCAAAUAUGAGACUCAGGAGCUUCGGACAUAUCCUCCAAAAAACAUCUCGCGUCAAACGUCAAUCAUGUAAUAGACGGUCCUUGUGCAUAGGAAAUCUCCGUGCAAGUAUUCAUUGGCAUUUAAAUUUCACCGCUCAAGUAUGGACUGCAACACCUUCACUGCUUACUUCAUUAUCGCCAUUCUUGGCACCCUCGUUGGGAAUUACCUCUUGUACUUCGACUUCCAAGCACGGAAGGAAUAGUUUUUUGGAUACUUUUCUCCCUUCGACUUGUCCUGUGGACGUUGGGCUAUUUCUGCGUAGUUCUUGCGCUGUUAUUUGUCAUUGCCGGCUGCGUUGGCCACUGGACGACUCGAUCAUCGUUCUGGGAGGAAUGGACACUGUCAUCUUUUGAAUGCUCAUUGCUUGCAAUCUCUUUCCUUAACGUAUGUAAAGUAUCCUUAUGUGUACGACCUCCUAACGAUAGCCCAGUCAAAACGUAGCGUCCGCAACUACAAUACGCUUCAGGAUUCAAAGCUUCGCCUCGGUCCUCACCUAUUCCUUAUCAGCAUCUUCUUGGUUAUCGCGUUUUCCCCGCUGAGAAAUCGAUAUUCCAAUUUGCAUGACAUUGUUGUCGCAAUCGUUUACAUCAUUCGCGUCUUUGCGCAGAUGCAGCCAAUAGAGUAAUUGGCACAGCGAACUCGGCUAACUGUGAUGUGGAUGUGAGUAGAGCAAACACGUUAGCCAAGUGUUGGCCAAGGUCACUGGGUACCGGACGAGUAGCCCGCGACGCGAUAACGCAAUCGAGCG